CAGAAAGCAGAAGAUAUCUUUCGUAUUCAAUUUCGCAGAUUUGAUUUUCGAUUCUGACUAGGGUUUGGCGUUGCGUUCUGGGUUCCCGCAAAGAUCAAAAUCAAAGAAUUCAAAGCUCUAUCGACAUGGCUGGUGGAGGAAUGUUGAAGUCCUUGACCCCCAAGGUUCGUCUCCAAGCCACCGAGAUCCAGUCCUUGGCCUUUUGGGGCGCUGCCGCCGGCGCCGGCGCUAUCUAUCUCGUUCAGCCGUUUAAUUGGAUUAGGAAGACAUUCUUCGAGAAGGAAGCGGGUGAAGGGAAGUGAGAAGGCAGGAGGCCGGAUUCGAAUUUUUUGGGCAAAAUUUUCUGUGUUCUUCUUGCCAGGUUGAUUUUAGAGAUGAGAGAAUGAACCCCAGGGGUUGGACGUAAUAAUGUUCUGUGUUUUUGGGUUUGACUAAUUGUCUGCUGAGGCCGCCAUUGCACACUGGUCUUAUGUAACCCUUGAAUUGUUAUCAUAUCGCACUUUUACUGUUUCUGGAAUACGACUUUUGCACCCCUUUUUCUCUCGCU